AUGGAAGACAUUGAUAUUUUAUCACUACAAAGUAAUGGUGUCAUUUCUUACCGGCAACGAAUAAUUCGCAAACUUGCGGAUUACAAUUAUACUCCACGUGAGCAGUCUGUUCUAUUUUCAGCUGUUGCUAUUGGAGCAUUACUAGCGAUUUAUCCAAUAAGUCUCAGUAUUGAGUAUUACGGGACAAGGAAUACCUUUGCGUUCGUUAUAGCUAUUUCAGCAUCAUCAACAGCUUUUUGUCCUUUAGCUGCUUCCUAUGGAACCAUCUGCUUGACCUUUUUACGUAUGAUUCAAGGUAUUGGAUUCGCAUGCUGCAUGCCUCUGAUAGGUUCUGUAACAUCAAGUUGGGCACAAAUGAUCGAAAAUGGACUAUUCAGUGGAGCACUAACUAGUUUUAUUCAGGUAUUGAGAAGGCUGAAUGGUGUUGACGACUCGCAAGCGCUAUCCGGCCACUGUCAUGACGCGGGGACUUUUGCCUGCUGCCUUUCGGCCCUGAGCCGUACGCCCCUCAUUGUUCAACCAGGUCACAUGACGUUCCCGAUAUGUAACCUUAUUGACGCCACGCUUAGCCUGGACGCUCGGUCGUCAUCGCCAAGCACCAACCAGGGCCCCUUCUCUCACUCCAUCCACCGUACCAAGCCUCCCAGUCACUUGGAUUACAAGCGCUCGCCACAACGCCCGGCAACUCUUGGACCUGCAAUAACAAUGCCAUUAUCGGGAUUCUUGUGUGCAACACAGAUUGGAUGGCCAUUGGCAUUUUACAUUCAUUCAGCAUUGACAUGGAUAUUCUUGACCAUUUGGUGGAUUUUAUACAGAGAUGAGCCAAGUAAAGCUUACUGGGUUUCUGCUUGUGAAUUAAGACUGAUUAGUAAUGGCAAAGUAGAGAAAAAAGCGCAACGAAAUGAUACAAAGUUGCCAGUUGGAGAAAUCUUUGCUACACCUUCUGUUUGGGCAAUUUGGGUAGCUGCUGCAGCCAAUAUGUACAGCAUUCAAAUGGUUGUCGUAUUUGCCCCAACUUAUAUAAAUCAAGUUCUUGGUCUACCUGUUGUCAGUGUUGGCUGGACAGCAGCUCUACCAACAUUGCUACAGUUUGUGAUUAAAAUUUUGGCUGGCAUCGGUAGUGAUAAAAUUACCUUUCUGAAUGAAACAACUAAAGUCCGUUUGUUUAAUACUAUAGCAUUUUUUGGUAUGGCAACGUUUUUAAUAGCUCUUGCAUAUACGCCAACAUCUCGAACUACUUUAGCACUUACUUUCCUAAUCAGUUCAACAGCAAUUCUUGGUUUUAAUACCGGUGGCUUUUUCAAGAGUUCCUCAUUGGUAGCCCAAGAGUUCAGCUACUUUAUCAACACCAUUGUGCAGGUUGUCAUGUGUACAGCAAUGUUAACAGUACCAUUUACCGUAUCGUUAUUGACACCAAAUGGCUCAGCAGAAGAGUGGUACUCCGUGUUCAUUCUGCAUGCUGUAAUGCUUAUCUUCGCUAAUUUAUUAUUUUGCAAAUUUGGAAAAGGCACAGUAGCCAGUUUUGUUCGUUCUAUUUCAAUAGCAAAAGAUAUAAAGAUACAUUUCUAA